AUGACGUACCGCCGCAACGGCAAGUUGCAGGCGUGCGAGCCUUGCCGCAAAGGGAAGCUCCGGUGCGACCACAUGAUGCCCCAUUGCGGGCGAUGCGUGAAGAAAGGCAAGAGCGAUAGGUGUGUCUAUCACCCGGCGCCUUUGACGAAAUCGGCCUUGAAGUCCCCCGCGCGGCUGGAUCGCAUGGCAGCCAGUGUUGAGGCUGAGGGGUCGUUGGGCCAGCUUUCCCCGGGGGUAAAACAAGUAUCUCCGCCUGUAGCAUAUCUCACGUACCUGGAGCAUACCGACCGCCCGGCUAGUUUUCCGUCGUUUGCUGGUUCGGGACAGUCCGAGGGCGGCAUCACAGCGACCACCCUAGAUAGUCUACCGAAGGCUCGGCUUGAGAAACAGACUAACGAAUCCGCGAUUCAUCAAACAUUACAGGAGUCAGAUAGGCCCCCGGUGGAUCAACUCAUUCGUCUGGAAGCACAGAGAUUCGAGAACGGUGGCUCUUUCAUCAGUCACUCUGCGGUCCUGGCUGAGAACGAGCCAAACAUUGGACUCUCACCCCCAGAAUCGUAUUUUUCUGAGCUGCCACAGGCACACAUUGACAGAGGCGUAGCAGUGCUGCUCAUGCUGCGAGACAUGUCUUCCGUACAAAAGUAUAUCGACAAGUGGUUCUCGUUCGCCGGAGGCGUCGUGGUGAUCGAGCCCAUGGUUAAGAUCUAUCUUGACGGGCUGUGGUCGACAUGGCAUAAGAUCCUUGAAUCUUCCAAAGCCGAGGAUUUACAAGCCAUGUCUGCGCAGGUCUGGGAGAAUACUUCCAGGCCCUUGUCACGGCUUUUGAAGCGGGAUACAACUCCUCGUGACUUCUGCGCAAGCGUGACUGGGGCUAAUCUUAGAUGGGAGGUCAUUGGUAUCAUUGCCUCUCUGGUCUCGCUUGUAGCGCAGUCUCUGAAGGAUGGCGAUCCCGUAUUUUGCUCGCAUGAUGCGCCACCCGUUGAUCGAUCUGCGCUGGCGAUAAGCAUGUAUAAUGCUUCCGAGACGUGUGUUCAGUUCUGUGACGAGCUCGGCCUACUGAACGAUGCAUAUCUGUGGCUCCUGUAUGAGAACAACAUAGCGUAUUGUUCACUACGCUCACGUGGAAGCUACGACAAUUGGAGAAAGGCAUCGGCAUUCUCUGCAGCACUGCAAUGUGCGAACCUCCAUCAGGAGAUCAGAGUCGAUGACAACACUCCUUUCUUCAUCGCUGAGUUGCGUAAGCGGCUAUUCAUCUGCGCGUAUAACAACGACAAGACCUCUGCGGCUUUCGCUGGACGCCCGCCAAAGCUGACUCGGCUUUACUGUCGCCUCCAGAUCCCACUCGACCUUACAGAUGCUCAGACCAUGUCAGAAGGAACCGAGUUGCAGGCUGCUAUUGCGGAUCUGGACGAGGAGGGAUGGAACCAAGAAGGGGUCGUGCAGCGUAGCACGUUUGCUCGCAUCUCAGCGACCAACGCCCUGAUCACUGAAGAGAUCCUCGAGAUUUCCUUGGGCCAGCUGACCCAAGACGACGUCGUUCGUCGUGCUGCUGAUAUUGAAACGCGGGCACUCAAGUCCUGGGACGACUUACCAGAGUUUCUUCGCAUCGACACAAGUGAUCCCUGGAGCUCUCGGCGAUCGCCACUUGAGCUGCUAUUCCUCAUCUUCAUCCGCCUUGCCAGUCUGGACCACCAUUUCCUCUUGCAACGCACGUUGAGCAAGAAGGUGCACUGCGGGUCACCUUGCCCGAACACGAAGCUACUCUCUGUGUGCAGCGAGAUCUUCAGAGUCGUGGUCAUGAUGGUGGACAACAAAGACUACUUCCGCGACUUCCAGAUCGACUUCGUCCAGAUCCUAUGCAUGCACGGGAUCCCCGCCGCCGCCGUCCUGGCCAUGGAACUGCUCCACCAAGAGCGAGACCCCGCGUCUGCUUCCGCGCAAGCAUACCCGCUCCACCGCUCCGACACCAUACAGAGCCUCUCGGUGUUCGUCGCGUGUCUAGGCACCAUACGGCCAGACGCAAACGGAUUCCAGAGCUGCGACCGCGGGAAGAUCUUCGUCAAGAAGAUCCUCGAUCUCAUUCUGGGACCGGGCCCCGCGGCGCCCAGCAGCAGCCGAGCAGGUCUCGAUGGCGAGGCGGAUCCUACGCUUGGGGCGUCGCUGUUUGAAGCCGGGAACGAUGCGGAUUUCAUGCGCUGGCUGGACGAUGUGCAUUGGGAUCAGGAGACGUGGAUUAGCUUUACCUGA